AUAAACCUGUACCUGGUACCCUCAAGCACUUGCAGUCCACCUCCGAAAAAGAUGUAUAUCUGUCUCCUGACGCUGGUCCUGAUCCAUGCCGCUGCAGCAUUUGUGGCCCAAAAUGCUACUGGCAAGCUAGCUGGGAAAGAUCAUUGUGUCUGCGAGGUGCUUCUGCCAGACAGUUCCUUCCCUGCCAAGCGGGUGGGGGCUCUGGAGGAUGAAACUAUCCGGCUGAGCAACAGAGUUGAAGAUGAAAUGCAGAAGUUAGAAGAACAGGACAUCAUACUGGACACAUACUUGGAAAAAAUUAAUAAUCUGACCAGAAGAGUGGAAAAUCUGGAGAAGUUGCGUCCUGAAAGCUUAAUGGAAAUAAGCUUUGAAGUUCUGAAAAGGGAGAUCAGGGAACUGGAAACGUACAUCUCAGCAAUGAGGGUCAAACCUAAUGGAAACACUGUACAGGUGGAAACCCUUUAUAAUGAGGUCAAGAAUAUGUCUAAGACUGUCGGACAACUAGAAACUCUUGACAAGAACAAUGUUCUAAAAGCAAAGAGAGAAAUUGUGAAUUUGAAGAAACGUCUUGUGGACUGUGAAAAGAAUAUCAAACCAAAACCUUCAACGAUGGUGCCCUUAGGAUCUUGUCAGCACCAAGGCUUAGCCCAUAUCAGUAAACCCAACCUUCUGCAACUCAACUGGAAAGGAAAUGCAUACAAGUCAGGAGCAUGGGGCAAAGAUGCAGCAUGGAACACCACCAAGAAGUCACUGUACUGGGUGGCUCCUCUAAAUACUGACGGACGAGUUCUGGAGUCCAUACGCAUUUACCCUACCAUGUCUGACCUGCAGAUGUAUAAGAAUCCCAUAGAUCUACCCCUUUCUAUGCUCAUCAAAAACAAAUGGAACCAUACCUUCGCUGGCCAAGGUGCUGGAAUGGUUGUACACAACAACAACUUGUACUACAACUGCUUCAACAGCCAUGAUAUGUGCAGAGUCAGUUUGACCAGUGGAGUCUACCAAAAAAAGCCUCUUCCUAAUGCAUUUUUUAACAACCACUCCUCUUAUGCUGGAACAAUGUUCCAAGACAUGGACUUUUCUACAGAUGAGAAGGGUCUCUGGGUUCUGUUUACCACUGAGGAAAGUGCUGGCAAAAUUGUGGUGGGUAAGAUCAACGUUGCCACUUUCACAGUUGAUAAUAUCUGGAUUACCACACAGAAAAAAACUGAUGCAAGCAAUGCUUUCAUGAUCUGUGGAGUCCUCUAUGUCACUCAUUCACUCGGUCCAAAAAUGGAAGAAGUCUUCUACAUGUUUGACACGAAAACAGGAAAAGAGGGUCAUCUAAGCAUCAUGAUGGAAAAGAUGUCUGAGAAAGUGCAUAGUCUUAGUUACAAUUCAAAUGAACGCAAGCUUUACAUGUAUAGUGAUGGUUACCUGUUACAUUAUGAUAUUGCUUUGAAACCUUGAGGUUUCCUAUCUACCUACAUUUUCUCUUAUUAGGGCCUUUAUAUUUUCUACUGUCUGUCCCUGUUACCUACAUGGCCUAAAUGCCCAUCACUGUUCAAUCAUAAUAAAACCCUCAGAAUAGAUUGCAGAUAUUUAGAUGUA